GUGUGAACUAAUCCAAAUCGUGUCACACAAAAAUUAUUAUUAUUAUUUUUCAAAGAGUAUUUCGAACAUUGUGAAUAAUUUGGCCAUUUUGAAACGAUAAUCUUUUUACUGUGAUCAAUCAAACUCAACAACUGCUAGCUGUGCUGGUUCGCGAAAUGCCCACUUGAAACUUGUACUACGUCAAAAAUGGAUCCAAAGUUGGAAGAAGUAUUUAAGAAGUGGGAGGCCCAUAGUUCUGGCCCUUCUCGAGUAGCAAAUAAUGAAGAAUCACAACGUCAGAGAGAAGAAAGGCAGAGAGAAUUCCGUGAUAAUUUGGAAGCACCGUUCCGAAAACCCUCAAGGCACAGGCCAAAGAAGCGAAAAUCGAAGGUACAGUAAGUGGAGUUCAUUGUUGUUGUUGGUGGUGUUGCAAGGGUUCUUAAAGAGUACGAAGUCGGGCCCUAAGACCAAGUAUUAAGACCUAUCCGCUACUGAAAUCUUAGAGAUCAGCUAUGAUUCAUUUAGGAAAAUUUUACCUCCAAAGGAAUCGAUGAUUUCUUCUGUAGAUGGUCUAAUUUGUUGCUUAAAACACAAAUGAAAUUGACCUAACCAAAAUAAAAAUGACAAAAUUUAAAUUAGUUAAAGUAACAUUUUUGAUAAGCUUAAGAAGUGCUGACAGUAGCAGUAUACAAUAACUAAACUCUGUUGAAAAAAUGAAAAACCCUCAGAAUAAAGACGAUAGGAAUAUUGUUCAACUGAACGAUAUAAAAAAAUCUCAUCCACAUUAAAUGCAACAAUAUUUUGGCGAGAAUAGUCUUCUGUCAAUACUUAAAAUGUGGUGACACCUAUGGGGAAAGGAAAUAUUAGUCUGGCUCAGUGAAUGUAAUACCAAGAAGAAAGUUGUUUAAAUAUUCCAUUAAGGCAGCUCACCUAGGAAGGCUAGCUUUUCCUGUGUGAUCAGUGUCUGGGAGAUGUUGGCUUGUUGGACAAAUUGAGUUGGGAGAAGUGUGGAUAACAAGAUUUGUGUUUUUAGAAGGGCCAUUUUCCACCCCUAGAGGUAAAAGACACAAAUCUGGAUGCCUUUUAAAUGGAGUCUUAUGUUCUUUUGAUUCUUUCACAACAUUCUAUAAACUGGUACUUGCACAAUUAAAGUCACUGUCAGGUUACUCAGUACUUCUUGUUUUGAUUUAAUACACGAUUAGCGAGAGGAUUUCAGUUUCAAGCCACUAACAGAGAUAAAGUUCAGUGUGCCUCCUGCAGUGAUUCCUUCUAUUUACAAAAGAAAGCGGCCAUUUAUGGGAGAAGCUUGUAACAGAUGUUGCCAAGAGAGUAAGGUAUUCCAUUCUGCUUGACUGUAUGCUUUAAAACAUUUUGUCUAUCAACCAGUGUGAGGAAGGCAAGUAGAACACAGGCAAGUCUACUAAAUUAUGCUCUAUUUUGUAGACCCAAAUCUAUCAAGUUAAGGCUAUUUCUUUUCAAAUCUAUAUCUCUGUUAUUUUCAAAACUUUCUGUGGACUAAAAUUUGUAGCAAUGAGGUGUGAGACUGUCUUGCUUUUGCUCUACAGUAUCUAGAUUUUGGCAAAAGUUUUUAAUGUUUGGUACUGUAUGAGAUUUAAGCAUGCCAACCAUAGUGCUAAAAAUGAAAAUCCAGGCAGACAUAGCUCUAGUACACUGAUAAAGCCACAUGAGGGUUGAUGAACAUAUGCACAAUCCAAAGUUUUUAAGAAACUGAUUCUGGAAUCCAGAUCCAAAAUCACAGCUGACCUGUAAUCCUAAUUCCAUGUUUUAAAAUUACAAAUCUGCUUAAUACUUAUAAAGUCUGUAAUCCAUGAGUUUUCUAAAGGCUAAAUCAAUCCACAAACACAUUUACCCUUUCCCCUCAAUAUGGAUGUUUUGUAGUUAAUAGUAUAUAAUUCUUCUUCUUGGUAGAUACUCUAUGAGGAAGGCAAACCUUCAUGGGGUAUGCACAAUAUUCUUAGCAUGGAGCUUUUUAGAAAGUAAGUAUAACUAUUAAAUCCUGAGAAUGCAAAUCACAAAAACCUCAGAUAAUUGAUCAGCAGCCUAUAGUCAAGAUACUGUUUGUUUAUCUCUCCAUAUUGUUUUACAGAGAUGUAGCUCUUGCUGUUUUAAUUUUAUAACCUUUUUAAACAAAAGUAUAAUGUUGAUAACUAUAUUUAACGGUUUUGUUAUUUAAAUGUUUCAGACAGAAUUUCUUGAAAAGAAGUUUCUGCCAUAUAGCUUAUGUGUGGAAUUGUGACAUCAGCCAUCAAUAUCCUGAUGUGAAGAAGGAUGUUUUACAGUCAGCCAGGUUAGAUUAUGAAAGCUGUCAACUUCUUGAUUAUUUAUUUCAUAACCAUGUUGCAUGAAAAUUUGUAUUUUUUUUAAAAUUUAAUAUACAAAUUUGGUAUAUUGCUCUUGUUAUGCCAAAAUAAGUCCCUGCUUGGAAAAAAAAAUUGUGCAAAAAAUUAAAAUGCAAAAAAUUUUUACCUCCCGUCAAAUUAAUUACUGUGGGUGCCAAUCAAGUGCCAGUUUACAGCAUAUUUUUUCAUAUUCAUAUAUAUUGCAGUUCCCCUUAGAAGGUUAGAAAAGUCAAAAAUAUCAUUUUGCUUUCCUAUUUUAUGUUUUGCUGUUUGAACAGUUGAUCUUGAAAAAUACUCUACUAAGCGAAAUUCUAUUUCUCGAACAGCCUGAAAUUUUGUUUCUGUAAACCCCAAAAAAGUCACUUAUCCGGAAAUGAAAAUUCCACAAGGUUUUCUCACUACUGUACAUCUUUUCAGCCAAAAUUUCAAGAGGAUAUAGAAGUUUAUUACACAAUAAUACUGGUUCAAGUUUGAAUAUUUUAUUCUUAUUUAUUAGAGUAAAGACCCGCAUUCUUUCUCCUGCUAUGCAAGAGCGUCCAUCAUCAGGUGCGUAAAUUGGUCAAAUUUUGUGAUUGAUAAACAUGUAUCAGGCUCUUUCAGAAUAGAUGAAAAAUUGCAUGUGCAUGAAGUUUUAUGGACCAAGUCAGGUUGAAUAACAUUGUCAACCCAAGACACAUUAUUUUAAUGUUUAUAGAAGGUUUUGAAUGUAUGCUUGGGCAAGUUUGCAAAGCUUCAAAAAAAGAAUCAACAAUCAAACAGUUACAGCAAAGAAAUGCAGUGGGUAACUCUUAAGGAACUUUCCAGCCCUAAAACUUAAAAUUGUGUCUAGUUUUUUUUAAAACUAUUACUAGCAGUAACUCAUUACAUACCUAUAUUUUUCUGAUUCAAAAAAUAAUAAAUUGUAACCCACAAUAUCUUAGUGACCAAAAUUGAGUGACAGCUGCUAGAUGUAACAUUGUUCCCCUUAUUAGCAACAGGUCAGGAUAUCAAAACUUCAGAAAAAGAGAGACACAAGAGAAUCAGUAGUGUUGAAGAAAAUGCAGUUAACAUCCUGAAUGGGAUGGCUGCAGUUGUCUACCGGAAGUUUGUGAGGUAAUGAAAUAGCAUUUUGAGGUUGCUGUCACCAAAAUCUGGUCAAAAUUUUGAAAGUUUCAUUUUGCUGCUCUUUAGUUUGAGAAAGAAGUAAAGUUUAAUUUUCCAAAAAAAAAAAAAAAGUAUAAAAUCUUAAAAAGAACUUGAGAUAUAGCUAAAAGAAAGUUUAAGGGGAACCUGUGUGGAAGUGUGAAAGGUGUCAUAAUUGGAAAGCCUCCAGCAGUGUUGACAUUUGCUGUGGGCUUUCUUUCAUGAUCUUUAUUUGCAUAUUUUGUUUACAGUGCAUCUUGCACUGCACAGCAAAGGAGAAUUCCUAGCACAUUGUGCAAAAUGUUGAGAAAUAAGAGUCUUCAUCAAGCGGUCAAAAAGCCAAAAAAAAUGGAAGUUAAGUUUUUUUACCGUAGCUUGCUUUGCCCACUUUUCCUUCUGCUUUUCCCAAUGUCUUCUGGAUUUUGUUUAAUGCCUGUUCUUGGAUUUGCAAAAUGACCUUUCCUGCAAAUUUCAAAGGGGUUUUUAUGUCACCAGACUUGCCAAGGAGUUCAAUAUUGCAUUUCAUUGCUCAAUGGCAUGACCACAUUGACAUGCACUUAAAUGAGGUGUAAAAACUGUGAAUUUCUUUGGAGGCCAAAAACUUGGGUUUUUUUUAUGCAAGUUACCAAUAGUCUACUUAUAAUUAUAAUAAUUUAUACUUUUAUAAGCUUUACAGUGUAGUUAUAUACUAGUUUCUCUAGUUUCUUUAAAAGUAGCAUGCAUAGGAUGAUUUUUCUAGAAGGGACCCUAUCUUGUUGACAGUAACCUUAAUUAAGUAAUGCUGUUUUUACAUGUAGCUUUAAAAAGUACUUUUAGGCUUUGACUCACAUGUACAUGUGGGAGAAAUAGCUGUCAAUAUGUUGAACUCUGGGUUGUAAUUUGUUGAAUCAAAACUCAUUCAUCCAUGUGCUGGUUGCAAGUGGGAGACCAGCUCAUUCCUCCUUUAGUUUCUAUAAAACUAAAAAAAUUACAGUCAGAUAGUGUGUAAACUUGAUUUUGUUCCAGAUUCACCACUUGGUUUCUUUUCAAACUGUUGAGAAGAAUGUUAUUUAGUAUACAGAUUCACAAAAGGCAAAUUGACAUCUUGAAAGAAGCUUCUCAGGUAAGCAACAGAAAAAUCAAAGUUAUUAUAUACAUCUGUACACUCAUCUGCUUUGUAAUUCAAGGUUCAGUGUAUUGCAAACUGUGGCUUUAUGACAGAAGACUGAACUAAUGGGAGAACUUACGUUGUAUUUGUUAGGCUAAAAUCUUGUGUGAAAAGGUACAUAGUAUUUUAAAACUUUUUUCUUCAUUUGUAUUAUCAGGAUGACAAACCUCUUGUGUUCCUACCACUUCAUAAAAGCCACAUGGAUUAUAUCCUGCUGACUUUUGUGCUUGUUACAUGUGAUAUUAAGGUAGGCAUACUUCAUACUUUGAAUUGCCUGUUUGCCAUUUAGAUUUAGAAUUUAUGUAUGUAUGUCAUAUUGUAAUUAAACCACACCCCUUGCUUGUUGGGGUUUAACGAUGCCUUACUUGUUACUGUGAGGUAGGCUCUCUAGAUAAUAUUAGAAAAUUCUUAUUAAGGAAGUUAUUUUUAUUUAGUAUUCUCUUUCUCAUAUUUUCAGGUUCCUCAUGUGGCAGCAGGAGGUAUACCAAAGAUUUUCUGUAUUCAUUUUUUCCAACAUAGAGUGUUGUUACCUGGUAUAUUCACAAUAGUGGUAAUAAUUAUAUGAGCAUCUUUUAUUUGCAGAUAACUUGAGCAUACCAUUUUUUGGGUGGAUUUUAAGACACUUGGGUGGAUUCUUUAUCAAGCGUAAACUAGAUCAUUCCUCUGGGAAAGAUGAGUUGUACAAGUGUAUCCUUCAAGAGGUGAGAAUUCUGCUUGCAGGUUUUUUCAUUACAGUAGUUAAAAAUCAAUGAGCUCAGCUCAAAUGUGUACUCCUUUUAUGUUUGUAGUAUGUGGAACAGCUCCUUCAGAAUGGACAAUACCUUGUAUUUUAUAUAGGUAUGUUAAUUUAUGCUUUCAUCUCAAGUUUACAGAUGUUAAUACCAUUAGUCUUAAUAAAUAUAGGUAAAAGUGAAGCCUUUAUACAGGCCCAAGUGGCCCAUGGGGCAGGCACUUAAGUCUGGUUUCCUUUAGCAUAUAGCAGCUAGGAGUAUUGCUACUCUCCCCUGGAUGGGAUGCUAGUCCAUUGCAGGGUAAUACCCCCAGCAUAUUUGCUGGUACUCAUUUGUACACCUGGGUGAAGAGAAGCACAGUGAGAGUAGUGUCUUGCCUAAGAACACAACACAAUGACCCUGGCCAGGGCUCAAACCUGGACCACUUGAUUCGAAGUCGAGCGCACUAACCAUGAGGUCACUGCGCCUCCACUCUUAAUAAAUAUGCAAUGUAUUAAUCAUUAGUGAUUGUUUAACCUUUAAACCCAUAAGAGUGACUAGCAUCUAAUUUCUCCUUACAAUAUUAUCACUGAAUCAGACAAACAUCAUGAGAAUAAAGGAAAUGAUCACCAACUAAAGAAACUCUUGUUUGUUAGAAAAAUUCUCCUUGUAAGCAUCUCAGUAAAUGUACAGAGAACAGUAUGGAGAAUAUGAAUACUGAUGUGAGGAUGUAAAGGGUUAAGUUAUGACAUUCGCCUUUAACUCAGCAGAGGUGUACCAAUACUUGCGAGCCACACAACUGUAUCCUUUGUAAACAGAAUACUUACAAGAUCUUCAACAAUUGCUCAUAAAUGCUCAAUGGAAGAUUUGUCAGUUAUGCCAUUUUUGACUGUCUUCUUUUUUACUCCACCAUUUUCCCAUCCCCAUGUCAUUCUUAAUGUUUUAAAGCAAUAGGCACAUUGUUAAAUAAACAAUUUGUUGAAGAUCUUUUUCUUCUCUGGUUAUAUGCAUCUCUCUUUUUUAUUACAUAUACCUAUAGAGGGUAGUAGAUCAAGAAGUGGAAAAGCCAUGGUUCCAAAGUCUGGUCUUCUCUCUCUGGUUGUUAAUUCAGUCAAAGAAGGUAUGGCAAUUUGAUUUGCCUUGACCAGUUGAAAUCCAUGUUAUAAUUUACUACUUUGAAUCAAACUGCAACAUAAGCAUUUUUUAAUACUUAAGAUGUUGUAAAUUGUCAAGAAUGAAUUAGUUCCAUUUAUAUCAUUGUAACAAGCUAUGCACUAUAUCAGAAGUAUACAUGUAUGACCAAGGUUAUAAGCAUCUGGCUUUAUUUUUGAACUUGUAUAAGCCCUCUUGAUUUUUUCUCUAUCAGGUGUAGUGCCAGAUGUGAACAUUGUUCCAGUGAACAUCUCCUAUGACAAGGUGACACAAUUUCACAUAUAUACUUUUUUCAAAUCAUUGAGAAUGAUUACUUCACAUAUAAUGUAAAGUAUCUUUCAGUGGUCUGGUUAUCCUCUGGUUAGUCUUUUUUUUUUUUCGUAAUCCAGAGUAUUGCCUUAACCUUUUGGCCCCUAAAAGUGACUAGCAUUUAAUAUCUCCUCACAAUAUCACCCCUGAAUCAAACAUUAAGGUCAUGAGAAUAAAGGACAUGAUCAGCAACUAAAGAAGCUCUUGACUGUUAAACAAAUUCUCCUUAACAGUGCCUUGGGAAAUGCAAAGGGAACAGUAUGGAGAAUGUGCAUACUGAUGUUAGGGUGUAAAGGAUUAAUAGUUGACUGCACUUUCUCUUAUUUUCAAUCUAGGUUGUGGAUUCAGGUUAUACAAGGGAACUUCUAGUGAGUAUGUUUUUAAUGUCAAAUAAUUAACCUGUUUCUUUUCUUUCCCCCUCCCCCCCCUCCCAUAUCCCUCCUCUUCCUCAAUCCUAUGACAAUAAGCCAUUUUCGUUCUAUAUUAAAAUUCAAACUUGGCUCCAAGGCUUUCCCCUAGCCUCGAAGCCAUGUUAGAAUUCUAAUAUAUUGAAAAUGGCCUAUUUGCCCUCAAUCUUUAAAGGAUAUGCCCCGUCUCUCUUGAAUAACUGUAUAAUGUUUUUUGAGUUACGUUAGUCCUUUCUAAUGCGAUCUCAAUUAAGGUACCAUUUGGGGAAAGGAGGAGAAAACUUUUUCUUUUAUCUUCCAGAGAUUAGGGGCACGAUUCUCCCAGGGAAUUGUCUGGAAACUGUAUUUGUACCCAAAAAUGUUUCACUCCGUGGGUUAACUUUUUGCGUUGAUGUUUUGUUGAGGUUGUGAUCUUUAGCACGUAAAUACAGCAUAAGGCUUGCUUUGUAUUGUUCAUAAUUACUAGAAAAUGAAGAGCUAUCUUUAACAGAAUGUGUUCAUGUGUCUUCAGGGUGAGGUUAAGAGACCAGAGUCAUUCUGGAGCACAAUGAAAAGCAUCUGGCGCGUCAUCAGAACAAGAUAUGGCAACGUCAGGCUCGACUUUGGCCAGCCAUUUUCUCUCCAGGUUUGUUACCUUUGUUUAAAAUUUUUAGUUUUUUUUACGCAUUCAUGAACUUGAAUGAGCAUACAUCCUUACUCCUAAAUACUGAAAUUUUUGAGAUUCGAAAGUCUGACCCAAAAUUUGAAAUAUAGACAAACCGAGUGGUCACCAUUGUAAUCAUGAAAAUAGAAAGGAAAGAGAAAACAAAUUACUACUUGUAAUCUCAACUUUAUUUGCUCAAGAAACAAGGGUAAGGCUGUUUCAGUGACCUCUUAUGUAUCUCUUCAUCAGUUCCCAUGAGCAGUUUUGAUUAAUCUCUCGGGGUUAGUUUUUUUUUUAUGUGGAAAAUAUCUUCAGUUGUUAAGCACGCUUGUAGUGGGUCUGAUUGUUCCUAAUGCCCCCAUCAAUAGGAAUUUUCCCGAGCCAUGGACCAAUCUCUGCCAAUGCAGGAAUUUGCAGCCAAAUCGUUACUCAGAGCAUCCGAUAUCUCGUCGCCCAAGUCUUCUCUGGUGCGGAACUACUCUGAGGUCUCGUUAAGUGAGAUCGGUGAUGAUAAGUGUUUCACCCUCACUAAGGCUCUUGGAUAUCACGCCAUUCAUGGUAGGUUAUGAACUUCGAUCCUGGUUUUCACUGUAUAGACUGAGUGUAAUACAUUUAUAUCUUUGGGUGUUUAUGGCACAAAAUGUGGAGUCGAAACGUCUCGACAACCUUUCACUAUAUGAAAUAUCGGCUACGUUUUUCCUCUGACCCACUAGGAAAGAAUCACGGAUCAUUUAAAGGAGUGUCUGAGAAGUAGCCUGUGAAUGCUUUUCCUCCCUAAUACCAUAUAAGGACAUUUGUGAGGAAUGGAGGAGGGGUGGAGGGGUAGGGGAGGGCCCAGUCAGGUUCACUGUCCAAACCUUUACACCGAGUGACUAAGAAUUUAUUCGCCUUUGACCUUCCUUAUUUUCUCUUUACUUACAACGAUGCUGAGUAAACUAUGUUUCAAGACCAGCUGGAGUUCGCUAGAACAGGGUAUCUCAACAAAGAAGUAACUGUUGUUGAUACAGCUCCGUGGAAAAGUAUCUGAGGCUCAGUAUGGUGGGACUCAAUAUCUUGCAAGGACCUUCAUACUCAGAAACCGUGUCUACUUUCUUGUCGUUAGAUUCUGCGAACUGUAGUGCAGUUAUGAGUACCAACAUGGUCGCCUUCCUUCUCAUGAACAAUCAUAGGAAGGUAAGUUGUUGCAAACUGUAAAUUAUUGAAUCCUCUGUACAUUGGAACGUUUACUGAACCAUUCCGUUCGUUGAUUUAAUUGUCCUACCUCUUUAGGGUGCUACAUUUCAAGAACUGUGUGCGUCCUUUGACAGGCUGUACAGGGAAAUAACCUCACGAGGAAGGUAAACAACUUUUCAUUUCGGUCACUUUGAAAAGAACGAGAGAGUUUGCAAAUAUCAAAGACAAAUUUGUUUCAUUGUAAUUACAUGGGGUGCUUUGAAGUAAGACGUAUUUCUGACCUAGAAGAUACAUUGGAAAGAUUUGUGAACAUUGUCAAGUGAAAGUAGACUGAUAUCAAUGUUUUUUUCCUCUUCCCCUCUUCUACUUGUCCUUCUUUCUCUUUGUUGAUUGGAUAAGAUGAAGAGCCAUAGAGUGGUUAAGUUUGCUGGUUGCGUUCAGUCGUGUCAUAAGUACCAUAAAAUACCGGUAUUUAUCAUCUUCUAUUCUUAAGAGAUGUUGGCUUCUCGGGAAAGACUGCAGCCGUUGUCCGUCAUGCAUUGCGACUUUUGGAAGAUGACGUCACAGUAACGGAAUCGCGGACAGGUCCUCAGAAGGAUGCAGUACGGGUUCAAGUUCAACCCAAGGGUGGUUUACCUCACAUUCUGAAUCUGGCAUUUUACAGCAAUCAGGUAACUUACUGGACAUAAUGCAUUUAGUCACAACAAGCCAUGACCCUCUUUGUUUGACUUUUCAAACUUUUUCCCUAGCAUCUCUUAACCUUUAGAGCAAGUUUCCACUGAAUGUCGAAAGUUGUUGAAAGUAGUCCAGAAUUGCUUUGGUUUUACUUUACUUUGCGCUCUGAUUGGUCCUGUAAAAUUGCGCCAUCCUCUCAACCAAUCAGAGGCAAAACUAAAGACAAGCGCGACUUGGUGAUUCGCGUUGGUUUUGGCUUUUUAACACUCACUUGAAAACUACUCUAACAGGUUACUUUUCUUUUCGUUUCAGGUUGUUUCAUUAUUUUCCCUGGACGCUGUCCUCGGUAAGCCACGGUUCUUUCGUUGCUCGAAAACUGGAGUUUUCUCAUUCGUACAUUGUAAUUACCCAGAUAUUGAAAAUGUAUUCCUUUUAUAUUUAGCUUGUGCAAUUUUCGCCGCUGCAGAGGAUAGUGAAUCUUUUGAUACAGACGACAUCGAAGGCCAGAAAAUAAUUACUCAGACGUCGGUAUGUGAAUUUUGACCUCCAUUGCUUUGUAUCAUCUAGCCUCUCAUUUAAAUCUUUGUAAAUGUGCUCCCCUUUAAUGCGAUACGAUCUUGAACGUAUUCGAUUGGUUAGACGAGGUAUUUGCAGUCAAAAUGACAGCACUCCUUUUCUCUGCUGUCGCUUCUCGGUUGAAGGGAUUCACUUUAACCCCCUCAUGUUGCAAAGCCUUUUAGACACUAACAAACUUUCAAACUCUUGACAACAGUGUCUAUUGAAUUGAGAUAAGCAGGCUCUCCUUUUAAAAAAAAGAAGGGAUAAACUUAUUAUUGCUUUGGUCGGGUGGAGUUUGUGAAGAAACUUUGGACCCCCAGGUCUGGAAAAGUGUGUUGGUGAUUAAUCUGUCUCGUUAAGUUGCAGUGUUAUCCGUCCUCCUCAUUUUUAGAUUCUUCUGUUUACUUUUAACGCUGUUUACGUCAAUUUCGUGUCUCUAGAUAGUCGAGAAAGCGAAAAAUUUGUGCGAUGUUCUUCAGAGAGAGUUCAAUUUAGUUCCGGUAAGUUUAACUAUGUAUUUAAGGAGAACUGAUUACUGAGAGGGCGUGAAGUAUUUUGUUCCUUAUAUAUAAUUAGUGCAUGGAUCUUGUACGCACUUCUCUCCUCCUUCCCCCUACCAUUCCAAAUCAUCCCCUCACCCCUCACCCCUCACCCCCCCCCCACCCCCCCUUGUCCCCCUCCUUUUCCUUCUUCUCGUACUUCUUCUCCAACAUUCUCCUUGAAGGCCCUCUCACAAUAACCUCACCUCAACUACCAAUGUUCCAUCACUGUCAACUUCAAAACUAGAAUCACAACUCAUGACCCACAAGGCAGUAUCUAAAAUGUGUGAAUUUACUUAAUAAUAAUAAUAAUAAUAAUAAUAAUAAUAAUAAUAAUAAUAAUAAUAAUAAUAAUAACUCAUCAGUCUGUGCACAGUAACAACAAAAUCGUGAUCCGAAGUACCUGAAGGUGUGUGUAUUUUCAGCCAUGUGAGAACCUAGAGUCUGCUCUGACAGAGGGACUGGAGAAAUUCACGUCUAGUGAGACCCUACAGAUCAUAGCAGAGGUAUGUAUUUACAAACCAGGUUGGGUAACCGUGUUGAGCAAUCUAAGCUGUAAUUAUACCGUGUCAUUCUCUCUUCAAUUUUUCAACAGAGCAACCCCGUUAGUUCUCGAGGCAGUCAAUGGGGAUUGGAUGACGACGAUGAGUACACAGGAGAAUUUGACGUCACGGAGAUCGAUUACAAGGUAAGUUUUAUUCUUUUUUCUUUCAGCGAUAUCGAUGCAAACAGUUAAAGAAACAUGGCAUGUUUUUAAUCUGAGUCCCGCCCGAGGAAUUUAAUCCCAGAGCUUCCGAUUCUAAGGUCUAGUGCCUUAAGUGCGAUAUUACUGAGCAACAGGGAACUUAGUGGUGAGCAUCGCUCUAAUGAAAUACAAGGUCUGUAUGUAACAAGUGCCCCGCAUGCCAGGAGGGUCAGAAAUGUGUUUGUCAGCCUAGAGUGUAGGUUAUUUUACAUAAACCCCUCCACCACAAAAGUUACAGAACGGUCUGCCUUUUUUCGCCUGUUUCUAAAUUCAUGUAACAGGAUAAUUUUUCUCACAGUACCGGAAAGAGUUCGCAUGGUGAAAGGCGCUUGUUGGCUUUAUUAAUCCUUAUCUCGUUAGAAUGACCAAACAUAUUGUACACGUUAUACAAUCUGAGGGAAAUGAAAACGGAUUGGCCUCUAAAGUUGUUGAGAACGUGUUUAGUUCAUAAAAAAGUUCCCACCUGUUCCUUACACUUUUUCAGGUAAUCCCAUACUAGGUUUUUAACUGCCAGUAAACAACUAAAUUUCUGUAGUGUAGCUUAUCUGUUUAUAACACUUUUUGUCAAUUCCUUCACUUCAGUUAACCAAUGCAGAAGAGCUGCUAAACAAGCUUCAGUUUCUAAAGUCAGUGGUUGCUCCCCUGAUAGAAUCUUACUGGGUAGCAGCUUGUGGUUUACUUUGGCUCAGAAACCAGAGUUUCUCAGGUAAUAAUUUUACAGAAUUUUUCUUGCAACUCAGUACCUCAUGGAUCAAAAAGUUGUAUCAAAAUACAGCCAAUUCUUGCUUGUGUCAGCGACUUGAACAUAUGUACGUAGUUUACUGUAUUUGCCUGUAUGGUGUUGUUUAACCAUUUUAGCUGUUUGGAGAUUGCAGAAUUUUUAUGUGGUCUGGUUUGGCUUUAUGUGUUGUUUUUAUCUUUAUUUUAAAUUAUUUGCCCUCAAGAUACAGAGUUUCUGACUGCUCUUCAUUCCUGUGCGAAAGAACGGGUCCAUAAGGGAGUAGCAAUGUUUCGUAAGUGUUCAACAUUCUUGCAUUUAGUUUGUUAAAUGACUGAGAUUCUUUAAUUGCGAUGGAGGUCUUGAUUGGUGGUUUCUGAUAGUAUUUUUUUUUUGUUUGAAAGAUCACAACUGACAACGCUUUUCUAAAAGUUCUUGCAUCACUCACUUUUACUCCCAUCUAUCCUGUAAUAGAUGUUACAUACAACUUCACGCCAAAAAUAGUAAAGAUGACAUUAACCCUUUAACCCCUGUGAGUGACUAACAUCUAACUUCUCACCUAGGUAUCACUUCUGAAUCAAACAUUAGGCUCAUGAGAAUUGAGGAAAUGAUCGUAAACGUGAAAAGAAGUCUUGAUUUUUAUCUUAAUUCUCCUUGUCAGUGCCAUAGGAAAUGUGUAAAGAACGGUAUGGAGAAUAUGUAUGCUGAUGAUUAAAAUCAACCAGUAAAGAAUUGAUCUUAACAAGUUAGCUGCGCGAGAAUGAAAUUCAGUAAUGGUCUUUCGUUGGGUUAUAUGAGAAGUCCUAUUCUAAAAAGUGUAAUUGUGAAUUUUUACUCACUCGAUCGCAACUAGCUCUUUAAUCAUCGCUCAAUACUACAUAAUUAUCUUGCUUUUUGUUUUUUUUCCAGCCGAGAGUUGUUCACUGGAACCUUUCCGCAAUGCCGUGCGCAUCUUUAAGGAAUGGAAAGUGAUUCAAUUCAACGCCGAGAGUGGGAUAACGCUCUGCGACGCUUACAACAAUGGAGAUGCCCUUUUUGAUGUGAUUGAGAGCAUCAAUCAGUUUAAACUUUAACUGCAACAGUAACUUCAAAAUUCUUGCAAAAGAACUUGAAUAAAUUUCUUAUGCCAGCUUCAACCUGUUUCUGUCAUAAUUCUGAAUCUUUCUAAUCCACAACUUCAACACUGGGAAAAACUUCAAGUCAAACUCCUGCGGAGUUGAGCCAUGAUGGUUGAACCUGUUCUUAACGACG